UCGGUGCUUCUUUUCUCUGUGCGGAUCCAAUAGGCGUCGGAUUGCUGGGCAGACGGGAGAGAGUGCGGGGAAAAUAUACAGCAUGGAAAUUAAGUUGGAAAACUGAAAAGUUUUCCCCAGUGCGAAUCAGAAGGCGAUCAGCGAUCAACGAUCGCCAGCCGAGCGGUAAAUUAGCCAAAAGGAGGGAGGCCAGGGGAGGGCGACCAUGUCGGGUAGGCGGGCCCAAUCUUUGCCGGCGCACAUGGUGGAGCCAGCGAAGCCGCAGCGCGGACGCUGUGUGGCUGCCAUAUGCUUCUCGUGGAAAGUGCUCACCUGCAUUGUGUCCCAUGUGCUGCUCGUGCUCCUCGUGGUUUCCUAUUGCGUGGGCGGUGCCUACCUCUUCCAGCACCUCGAACGACCCCACGAACUGGAGGUGAAGCGCGACAUACAGAAUCUUCGCGUUAAUCUCACGGAGAAUAUCUGGCUUAUGUCAGACGACGCAGUGGUGCUGAGGGAAAGCGAUUGGAUGGCCAAUGUCAGUAAGCACCUGGCCAACUUUGAGAAGCAAAUCCUUACGGCCAUCAAGGCUGAUGGAUGGGAUGGCGACGAGGAUCUGCGCAAGUCGCAGUGGACCUUCGCCGGAUCCCUGUUCUACUCCAUCAUUGUGAUUACGACCAUAGGCUAUGGCCACAUAUCGCCGCGCACGGAUUGGGGCAAGGUGACAACGAUUUUCUACGCCAUUGUGGGCAUUCCGCUGAUGCUCAUCUGCCUGUCCAACAUUGGCGACGUCAUGGCCACAUCUUUCCGGUUUCUGUACUGGCGAAUUUGCUGCUAUGUGUGCACCCGCACUGCAAAGCGACCGCGGAAUGCCCGCUCCCGACAGAGAUCGAUGCGUUCGCAGCGCCAUGCCCGCUCCCAGCCGCCUCCGUCGUUCCGGCGCUCCAUGAAGAUGACCCAGCGGUCUGGGAAUGACUCGGGCCUGGGUCCUUCUAUGGGUCAUGCCUACUCAGAUCCCGACCUGCGCAUGGGCAGGGGUUACGAUGACCGGGAGUUCGGACAUCGGAGCAGUGGAGGUGGACGCAAUCGUCGUCAGCAGCAGCAGCAUCAGCAUUCAUAUCACGAUCCUCGCCAGCGGCACACCAUCUACGGAGAUGGGUACGAAACGCAGACAAUGAACCGAUCCAACCGCUACAGCAGUCGGCAGAGACAACGGGAUCGGAUGAGGGACAGGCACACAGUCGAAAGGGAGCGCUAUUCCCGAUCCCAUUUGGAUGCUGGCUCCAUCGAGGACUUCAGUGAUAUGCAACCUCAAGCCAAAAGAGCCGCCAGUGUGCGCUCGGUUCGAUCGCCGCACAAUCAGGAAUCUUCGAAAGCGUGCAGAGAGCUGCAUCGUCUGCACUCGGCUCCUGGGAGAAGUAGGGCCAAGUCCGUGGAUCCCAGACACGUUUCUUCCCACUACGAGGACGUCGACGAGGAUGUGGUGAGGAAAACACCGAUAAUACCAAAUAAGUAUGCUCUGGAUGACUUCGGAGGCAAUAGAAGACAAGCAGCACCCAGGAGUCAAUCCAUGCCAAGAUCUGCACACCAAAGGCAGCGCCACAAGGAUAGAGAACGGGAGCGAUCGCCCCAGCCGCCGCCGCAGAGUUCCUAUCGCCAACAUCACGACAGAAGAGCCGGAAGCCUGGGCAGGCAAUCCUCUCGCUAUGGCAACCUUCUCGAACUACCCGACUAUGAUGGGGGACGGGAUCAUCGACGGGAUAGGCGUGGCCACUCCCAAGGCCGCUACGAGGACUACGUGGAGGAGAGCUUCGAUGAGGGGUCGCUUUACGGAGAUAAUAACUACGAGGAUUAUCCACCUGAGCGCCACAGCUCCCGGAGUCGAGAACCAAGAAGAAAUCGCCGAAGAGAACGGGCUGAGCGUUUGCCCCCUUCCCCGAGAAUAAUGUCACCAAUGGGCUUUCCGGUCCAACGGCAAAUCCGUCGGCGUCCCAGCUACGAUUACGACGACGAUGACUCCAUGUACGGAGAUGAUUACGGGGACUAUGGAGACCUACUGCCCAAGGAUAGACCUGUCCCCAUUUGGUUAUGCGUCUUUUUGGUAGUCAGCUACAUCCUUGGCGGUGCUGCUCUUUUUGCGUACUGGGAGAGCUGGUCCUUCUUGGAUUCCGCCUACUUUUGCUUCAUCACCCUGACCACAAUUGGAUUUGGUGACUUUGUCCCCGCUAAAGGAGUCAAGGAUGAGUCGCAGCAGUCCAUUGCCUAUUGCUCGCUGUACCUUCUUUUCGGCAUUGCCUUGUUGGCCAUGAGUUUCAACCUGGUCCAGGAGGAGUUCAUUGCCAAUGUCAAGGAGGUAGCCCGCCGUCUGGGCAUUCUUAAAGAUGAUGACGACGAUCAGGAUGAUGAUUAGUAAUAGAUAGAUAGGUAGUUAUUGAGAUAUGUUUUUUUCUUAACAUUUUGGGAAGGAUAAA